AUGGUUCUGGGCAAAAAACUUGAAAAUCUUCACGUCAGGAACAGAUGUGCACUGCCAGAAAUCUCGAGCCCAAAUGAUGAACCAUGCUUUGACAUAAUUUUUGAGCCUCUGUUUGAAGAGCUGUCAGGAUGUCUUCAGAAAGCAAAACCUGAUGGGAUUGCUGACCAUGUUUUGUCUGUGGCUGUUUUCAUGCUGCUGGUAGUGAGAGACAAUGAUAUUAAGAUUCACAAAUGUGGAGAACUGAUAAGAAGAUUUUACACAGCAUUCUUGGUUAAGGCAGACACAGUGAAAAGAAACUGUCCAAACUAUGAUCUUAUGAAAAGAAAUUUUCCAGCAAGGGAACAAUCAGUAAUCAACAUUUUGCUGGAGACUAUAAAUUAUUAUAGUGUGGAUGCUCCAACUGAUGCAGGAUGGUUAUAUAUUCUUCCUUUGCUUCAUUUUCUUCGCGGAGACUCAGAACCUUUCCAAACAUCCUCAUCAGAUGCACAUCGAACAGAGGAGUGGUGGGGACUCACAGGAGUUGAAAAGGCUGAAAAGAAUAUUAAGGAGUACACAGAAGGAUUUUCGUAUUAUGAAUACACCAAUUAUAGAUCAAGAAGAACAUUUGCACAACCAAUGGAAUGGAGCAUGUAA